AUGUAUCAGGACGGUUUGAAAACCGAAAACACCCCAAAACGGACUUCCGCUAUAGUCCAGCCCAUGCUGAGACGUCUUGUGAACAUGAACUCAAUGCGCCAAACAGCAGACGACAGCGAGGGCUCAGAUUCCGCCAUCACCCCCGAGUCGUCCCCGGAACAAUAUCCCCCGACUGGUCACCUGCAUCGGUCACCCACCCGCAUUGACCUACCACCCAGACGGAAAACAGCUUUCAGUGUUAAUGAUCUCUUGGGAAAGUCCGGACCAAUGAAACCGGAAGUCCACCCGUCCACCCCAGUGUUUCCUGGACCAGUGUAUAUGCCUAAGAUGUCCCCCUACCCUACAUACCCGAGUGUCCAUGUGUUUCCAAAUAGAGCCACUGAUGAGAGAAAAUAUCAAGACACCACAGUAUUGUGUAAGAAGGAAGAUGCGUUUUCCGUAGACGACCCGCCAAAGAGGAUCCCGUCUCCAGCACGUCCACGACGUAGCCUGACGUCCUCCCCGGAGUCUCCCAUCUCCGACAGCUCCAUCUCCGAGUCCAACAGCUCCACGGAUCGCGAAACGAGUCCCCACCCAUACAAGACCGUCACGGACAAGAAGAGCAACCGCACCAACUACACACCCAUGCAGGUGCGACAGCUGGAGAAGAUCUUCCUCGAGACUCCCUACCCGGAACAUGAAGUAUACGAACAGUUAUCCAAGGAUUUGUCCAUCCCGGAACCCAGACUGAAGGUCUGGUUCCAGAACAAACGCGCACGAUGCAAGCGUCGAGCGGAGGACAAGAUCGCGUAUAAUCCUCCCUACCCCUUCCCCGUGAUGCCCAUGGGGUUCCCGUACGGAAUGAUGACAGGAGCCUUGGGAUCUCCCGCUGAAUCAACCCAUCAAGCCUUACCCAAGUCGAUGUUCCCCUACGCCGCGUCCCCGUCCCCCUUAAUGAUGUACCCAGGGACCGGGUACCCCCCACACCUGUAUCCCUACCUCCACCCCCAGAUGUACGUUCAGCAGUGA